AUGAAGACGGCAGGAACGAGCAUCAUUCGGUGCACUUGCCUGGCCCUCGCCCUGGUAGCCUCCUUGGUUCAUUCUGCGCUGCUUCCAAGUCCAGCCCGUAUCGAAUGCCCUGCCCUGCCAUCAUCGCACCAACAAGUCCAGUGGACAGCACUGAAGCUUCGAGGAGGAGGGCCAAAGGAAGAGCCUCUCCUAUGCCGACUGAAGAAAGGAGGAAUGCAGUUUGAGGUCAUGUGUCUUCCUGGGAUGGUGGACAAGUACAGAGAAGGAGUAGCGAGCAUGGAGGAAGUAUUGGUGAGCAUGGAGAUGUUCAAGGACUGCAAGACAGGAGAUCGGCCGAGUACUGCAGACAUUGAGAAGGCGUUCGGGCACAGUGAUAUGGGCAAAUGUAUUGAGGAGGUUCUAUCCAAGGGAGAGUUCCAGCUGAGCGCGGCAGAGAGGAAGAAGAAGGUGGACGAUAAGACCAAGCAGAUCAUCACCUACAUCUGCGGGAACUUCAUGGAGGGAGGAACCAACAAGCCCAUCCCUGCUGCACGAGUGGAGAAUGGAAUCCAAUCGAUCAAAGGACUGAAGAUCGACCCCUUCCGAUCCACCGACACUCAGGCGCUGGAGAUCGUGAAGAAACUCAAGGAGAUGUUCCCGAUAGUCAAAAACGAGAUCUCGGCGACUGUCACCAUCCCCAUAUCACUUGCGGGAGCUGGGAUUCUGCACUCGAUUUGCACUGUGCACAAGGAAAGCUACACAGACGAAAGCAUGAUCUGCGACGUCGGGUUUCUGUCCGGCGACCAUGAGAGAUUUGUUGCUGAAAUGACCAAGGCCACCAAGGGACAGUUCGAACUCAAGUUCAACGACAUGCCGGCCCCACAGAUGGAAGCCGAGGAGGGGAAGGGGAAGAAGGGCGGCAAGGGAAAGAAGGGCAAGUGA